ACAACUUUCGCUCCCAGGCACUGCGCCCACACUUGCUAUAUCCUGUCGCAGAUACCCAAGUAGACCAAGACAAGCGCGCCCACAAGACCCGUCUCGUGCCUUCUUGUCACGGACGCCCCAUUCCAUUAUCCAGCAUAUCUAGCCAGGCAAUCCACCAGCGAUACCCAUCCCAUCCCACCCUUACCGAUACACCUGUUUCUGUCGUCACUUUGCCUGCAACAAGCGACCAGCAAGCAACACGGCCACGUGCCCCUCAUUUUACGCAACAUAACCAUACCUACCAGCUUGGCUCUUUUCUCGUUUACCAGUUAUACCAGUAGAACGCGAAUAGAUUCUCUUACUACAACAUCGUACCACCGCCGACGUGCGUCCUGUCUCCCCCGCUUCCCCUUCGAGAGACCGGCCGUGCCAUUACAACCCACAACAUCAACCGCUGGUCCACGUAGAACCUAGGCCCUUGGUCGAGGCACGACAACCGACAAAAUGCCCUGCUUCAAGGGCAUCGCCGUGAGCAUUCACGCGAACGGAGCGCCCCUGCCCGAAUAUGGCAUCCAGAAACAGUCCCGCGUCUCGCGAAUCAACACCUACAUCCCCGUACCUCAGCCCCAGAUAAGCCCCGAGUCUGGCAAGCCCGAGGCCGCCAAGUUCGCCAUCUCCAUCACCCUGCUCACCCCUGGUCUGGCGAUACCCUACUCGACACCCAAGGCCACUGAGAACAAUCCCUAUCCGAAGCCGGCCUUCGUCGGCACCAUGCCCACCAGCACGGGCGAGCGCGGAAAGUACCAUGGCGUUGUUGCCCCUUACAUUCCUAUGACGAAUAGUGAGAACGAGACAAUUGCUGCGUACAUUUACUUUGACGGCAGGGGCAAGGAAGAAGUGGCUACUCUGUUGCGCCCUGGCGAGGAGACGUGGGUCAACAGUAGAUGGGUUCAGGUACCCCAAUCUGAGGGCGGAGGUCUAGCCGAGCGCGAGUUUCUCUUCCGCGAGGUCGGUCUCGAGAGAUGGCUUAACGGUCUGGAUCUUCAAGGUCACGACGCCGCCGAGAAGCUCGAACGUCGCAGGCAAAAGUUCGAGAAGCGCCGUAGGAGGCAAAAGGCCAUUUCCGAGGGCAACGCAGCUUCCGGCCGUCUGCAGGGUACCCUUAGGUAUGGAUCCGAAGACAGGCCGGUCGAGGCCGUAGACGAGGACGUCUCGCUUUCCUCCUCGGAUGACGACGAGCCCCCCGAGGCCACCGGGCAGAUCAAGGUGGCCAUGUUCCGCGUUAUUGCGUCUGGCGAAAUCAAGAAGGGCGAAUACAGUCCGCAAUUCGACGCCCAUGACGACGAUGACGAGGAAGGCGGCUCCAAGAGCGGCAACAACGGAAUUGAUGCGGAUGUUGAGCACACCACUAGCUUUGCAAAGCCGAAGACGCUCGAUCCAAAGACUAUUAGCACUCAGACAGUGACCGGCAUUGACGGGCCAGAGAAGCCUUAUGCGGUGUUUACUUUCUUCUACCGCGGCGAGCGCCAACUACAGAAGAUGGGCGUCCUUGCCUCCGAAAAGCAGCAGGUUACCAGUCCUACUGCCGCCAAGCGACGAUCAGCUCAGCUCGACUUCUCCAACCUAGGACCCUUGAAGAAGCAAGGUACCGUGGGCUUCUCGACAUUCCGUGAUCGCGACGCACAGCCGAGGCCGAAGAAGCCACGCAAGAACACCAAUGGCAAGGCCGGCGCCAUGGACGAAGACAGCGAUGACGAAGACGAUGAUGACGAUAUCAGCGACAAGAUGCUUGCUGACGACGAAGAUAAUGUCGACACUUCCAAGCUGGGUCCGGAGGACGUCAAAUUUACUGGAGAGUUGGCGGAUGGAGUAAAUCGCAUAAAGCUCAAGCGUGCUCACGACGCGGGCCAAAGCAGCACCACUGGUUCACAAGCCGGAGAUGCCUCCCCAGAUAACGGAGGCGCGCCAGGAACGACCACUGGCCUGUCAUCACUAUUCCCCAAGAGUCUAACCGACGAGGCCGCCGCUGUGGGUAGUCCCAUGAAGAAGCCUCGCGCGAGCGUAGACGACGUGGGCAGUGACGUGAAGCCACUGAGCGGCAGCUCUUUUGUGCCCUCCGUGCCCUCGAGUCUCAGUGGGAUACUCGCUCAAGCCGCGGAGACCCCUCUACCGCAGACGAUGGGUGGCGAGAUGGACGAGGAGGAGCUAUAGGACACUCUCGAAGCUCGCCCUGACAGCCGCUGGCUUUCCAAGAGGGCUAGAUAUACCAGGAAGCUGCGGCGGUUGCAUGACAGGCGGGGUAAGAUGAGAUCUUCUUCAUGCCAAUGAU